GCCAUUGCAGCAAAUUCCCCACUAUCAUGGGUCAUAAACAACUCAAUGUACAGUAUAGAAGACUGCCGUGAUAGGGCCAGUGGGAGGUGUGAUGUGUAAAUUUCAAACCAACGAUAACAGCCCUGACAAAACGUUCGUCUCCUUGUUAAAGUCCGUAAGAAUCGACAUGGCUACAUCACUGGGAGUUGGGAUUGGAGUUGCCCUGAUUACAUGUCUUCUGAUAUACGGAAGUGCCGCGGACGUAGGAAACAUAACGAAAGUGGGAAAACUUUUAAUCGACACGGAUGCCGGCGCCGACGAUGCGAUUGCCAUUCUCAUGGCUUUGCAAUCGCAAAAACUUUACGGUGAUGCAAACGUGGUGGGAAUAACAUGCGUAAAUGGAAACACCGACGUUGACAACGUCGUUCUAAACGUACUGAAGACCCUGAAGAUCGUCGACAGACUUGACGUACCUGUAUACAAAGGUUCGCAUCAGCCGUUGUUGUUAAAUGAUGAAAAAACGGAUUACUUCGGCACAGAUGGCUUUGGGGAUUUUGAAUAUCCUGAUCCUCCGUCGACGGAUUUGGUUCAAGAGAAACAUGCAGUGAACGCAAUGAUUGAUCUUGUAAAAGCAAACCCAGGUGAAGUAACGCUCCUCGCUUUGGGACCACUGACAAAUGUCGCUAUGGCAAUCAGGAUGUACUCGUCGUUUAUUGACGAACUUCAGCAACUUAUAAUCCUGGGCGGAAGCAGCGAGGGAGUAGGAAACGUGCGACCUGGAAUUGAAUACAACUUCGCAGUCGAUCCUGCGGCCAAUUACAUCGUACUUAACGCGUCGAUGUCAAAGCCUGCCAUUCUACUACCGUACGAGACAUCGGAGCGAGCCAAGACAACAAUGGCUUUCAGAACUUCAUGGAAUGCGACCGACAACCCAAAGGUUUGGUUAAUCAAUUCUGCCGAAUCUGUUACACUGAAUCCCGACAGUGAAUACUGGGAGUGUGCUGAUGGUGUGGCUGCGGCUGUCGCCCUAACUUCUGGCACAAUCGUGACAAAAUCAAAGAGCCUGUACUCAAAUGCCAUUUACGAAGGAUCGCUAACAGCCGGGAUGGUUGCGAUAGACUAUUCAAACCUCACGCAAAAAGCACCAAACACAAAUCUGAUCCAGGACGUAGACGCCAACGAAUUUAAAAACAUGUUGCUGACACUUUUGAACUAGCAGAAUUUCACAGUCAGCUCUAUUUGAUCAGCUUAUUGACUCUGCUAGUUAUACCCUCGCAAAAAUGUCAGCUAAUCCAUUUUCAUGGAGUACAAAUGCCAAUCAUAUAUCAGGAUCCAACUACUGUCAGAGUCCGGCGAAUUACUCAAAAACUAACCGUUUUCGUUAGUUUCCGUUCCUUUGCCUCGAGAAGAGUAACUGUUCUUUGCAAUCUCGUUAAGAGGUCAUAAGUGGAAGAAAAGUUCAAAAGAAAUGCCGUGUCAGACGUUGAUCACUCUUUAACACGCAACCUGUAUAUCGUAAAUAUUAUGAAAUUGGUAAAGGAUAAAAAGAAUGACUGAAUAAUUAAGCCAUAAGUGUCAGUGUACCGAGUUGGCACAGAUCAUGGUUACAUCUGCGAUAUCCUUAACCUUACGAAUGAUUAACGUCGCAUUACGCAACUUAGAAAAAUUAAUAAACAUAAAUUG